AUGGCAAUCUGCGAAAAAUGCCCGCCAGUAUGGGGCGAAUUCGAGUGCCCGCUGGGUUUCUCCUGCAAUCAAACGCAAUGCCUGUCGGCUCGGGGCAACGUUGAGAUAGAUUGUGCUCAGCUGAGUUGCCCACCGCAAACCGUGUGCGCUGAUGGGAAAUGUUUUCCAUUGUCGGCAAUUAAGUGCAACCGCCACGUCCUCACCGCCGAAGGGGAAGCGCGCUCGAUCGUAUCCGACUGUGGCCGGCGCGGGAAAUGCGUGAACGGCCAAUGCCUGCUAGACCGUUGCGCAGACGUCAACUGCGAAGAAGGCGAAAUUUGUCGAGAUGGGAAAUGCACGAUGAUGGUUGAAGCCUUUUGCGUACAGCACGCCGACUGCGGGCCCAGCCUGGACUGCCGAAACAACAAGUGUGUGCUACGGCCGCAACCGCCAAUCUGCACGUGCAACCCGGAUCAACUAUGCAAGCGAGGCGAAUGUUUGCCGAAUAAACGUUGUGGGAACAUCGUAUGUCCCGAUGGAAGCUAUUGCGUCGAGGGCACUUGCAUAACGGCGGUCGGGUUGGAUUGUUCGGACGACGUGUGCCAUGGCGGCACGGUUUGUGUGGAAGGAAGAUGUCAGGCUGAUCAGUGCAUUAAUAGGUGCCCGGCGGACCACGAGUGUCGCGAGGGGCAGUGUCGAGCGCUCCAGGGAAUAUUAUGCACUGGAGAAUGCCCGAUGCCGUACGAAUGUGUCGAUGGGACGUGUCAAAGGAACGAAUGCAGUCUGAAGGUAUGCCAGAUCGGCGAGGUCUGUGAAGGAGUAGGAAGCUGCAAUCGGGCUGAAGGGCGUUUCUGUACGCUAGCGAUCCGGGACUGCGGCUUCGCCUUCAAGUGCGAGAGCAAUCGAUGCGUGGACUUGUUGAUGGCCACACAACGGGCAUAUCAAUACUACCAA